AGCUUGCUCGCGCAGCUUCCACCACUAGAACAGCGGCCUGCAGAGUUUUGUGAAAAUUCGUUGUUAGUUUUUGAAGGAUUUUCGUAAAAAAUUGGGCAUCUAAGGAGCUCAAAAGGGACAAUAUGUCGUACCCGCCACGGGGGGCGCCCAUGCCGCCGUUUAUGAAUGCCUCGAUACCGCCGCCGCACAUGAUGCCGAACAUGGGGAAUGCGCCGCCGCGCAACUUUCGGAACUCGGCCACGAUCAGCUCACAGCCGCAGGUGUACCAUCGUCCACCGGAGCCGCAGCCACAGUUCCGCGGCCCCAUCAUCACCGUCUUUGUGGGCAACAUCAGUGAACGUGUGCCGGAGGUGCUGUUGAAGCGCAUCCUCUCCACCUGCGGCGUUGUGAUCAACUGGAAGCGAGUCUCCACCUUUGGUUUCUGCGAAUUUGACGGCCCCAUUGCAGCCAUGCGUGCCGUACGCUUGCUCAGCGAAAUGGAGAUCGAUGGCAAGAAGCUGGUGGCCAAAGUGGAUGCCAAGAACAAGGUGCUCAUCGAGGACUACAAAGAGCAGGAGUGCAAGAACGGCGACCGAUCCAAUUCGGUGGAUGAGAAGACCGAGGACCAGUAUGCCAUUGGCAAGAUGCACGAUCUGCUCGAGGAGCACAAACACGAGUUCGACGGCUUCGAUGGCAGCAAUCGUAAUGAUCUCUAUGGCAGCACCAAUCGUAAUAAGAAGACCCGACGCGAGGACGACAUCAAGAUCAAGGUGCUGAACGACAAUGCCUUGGAGGAGGAAAAGCGCAACCUCAUAAGCAGCGAGAUCGGGAAGUUCCGGAAGCGGGCCGAGGCCGACGAGCAUCGCAAGGAGCUGGAGAAGGAAAAGGAAAAGGAGAAGCUGGCGGCCAGCAAAGAGAAGGAGCGCGACAAGGAGCGCAAGAAGGCGCAGCGUGAGAGUGAACGUAAGUCGUCGACCAGCAAAUCCAGCAGCAGCAACAGCUCAACCGCAGCAGCAUUAGGCUCCUCCUCGUCCUCGGCCAAUGCUGUCACCGCUUCUGCCAGUGCCACAAAUGCCUCAUCCUCCGCCUCAGCUGGAGGUGCUGCCGCUGCUGGCGGUGAUUCGGAUGUAUCGAUUGUCGACAAGGAGACGACGUCAUCGUCCAUAGCCAAGGAUUCGACUGUAGUCAAGGACAUGGCUACCGUCAAGGACCUCAAGGAGUCCUCCUCCUCCACCACCGCCGCUGCCAGUCGUCGCAAGGAGCCCGGCGUCAUUGAUAUUACACACAAGGAGCGUCGCUCCGACUCCAAGGAGCGGCGACGCCGUCGCUCCAAGUCGCGCUCCAAAGACCGCCAGCGUGACCGGGAACAGGAGAUCCGUGAGCAGCGGGAAAGGGAGCGCGAACGAGAGCGUGAGAGGGAGCGUGAACGGGAGCGGGAGCGCGUUGAGAUGCGAGAACGCGAAAGGGAACGCGUGGAGAUGAGAGAGCGGGAACGGGAACGCGAGCGGGAGAGGGAGCGCGAACGGGAUCGUGAACGUGAGCGGGAGCGGGAGGAGAAACGGCUGAAGCCACUGAUGGAUUCGCGGCGCGAAAAGGAAAUGGAGGAGGAGAUACGGGAGCGCAAGAAGGCCGAGAAGAAGGCGCGUGAAAAGGAGGCCGCCUACCAGGAGCGCCUUUCCAACUGGGAGAUACGCGAGAAGCGCAGGGCCAAGGAGAACGAGAAGUACCGCCUCAAGGAGCUGCUGCGGCAGGAGGAGCGUGAGAGCGAUGCCAAGCGCCUGAAGGAGUUCGUUGAGGACUACGACGAUGAGCGCGAUGAUUCGCUGUAUUACCGCGGCCGCGAACUGCAGCAGCGCCUGGCGGAGCGAGUGCGCGAAGCAGACGCGGAUUCCAAGGACCGUGAGAAGGAGGCCGACGAGCUGGCCGAGCUCAAGACCAAGUUCUUCAGCGGUGAAUACGAGAAUCCAUCGCUGGAGUACGAGAAGGCGCGACGCGAGAUCGAGAAGCUGUACGAGCCACGCAUUCUGAUCAAUGUGAAUCUAGAAAUGGGGGCGGAUUCGGCAACGACACAGCCAAAGCUGGCCGAGGGCCGCAAGAAUCAGCCGCCCGACAGCUACAAUCCGGAUCUGGCCGGUGAAGAUGACAAUUCCAUAUCGAACGAUGGCCACGAUGGCCAUGACUCCAUGGCCGACACUGCCUCGAAUGCCAGUGGCUAUGCCAAGAACAACAAUAACAAUGAUAAGUCCCUGUCGGACAGCUUGAGCCGGCAGAACAGCGAAUCGCGCGACUCCCUGGCCCACAUCCACACGCCCACGCAGAGUGCCAUGCUGAAUGAUCACCAGGCAUCGCUAGAUCCCCACCUGCCCUCGGCCACGCCGCCCGUAACCAUGCCGCUCAUCUCCUUGACGCUGGGCAACAAUCUCAAGAAGAAGAAGAUCGAGGCCACUGGCGUCUUUGUGAAUGACGAUGACAACGAUGAGAAUAUUAAUCCCAAGAAGCGCAAACUAGUGCCGCUAGACUACGACGACAACAUGAGCAACAGUACGCCAUCGUCCGCCCACCCUGCGAACAACAACAGCAGCAACAGUAGCAACAAUAUGAGCUCCGCGGAUCGCCAGAGCUCCGCGGUAUCAGCGGCCACCGCUGCCGCAGCUGCCGUUAGCCAAAAGAUAGCCCUGGCUGGCACCGGCUCCGGCUCCAGUUCCGGCAAGAACAACGGCAGCAGCAGCAGCAGCAGCAACAAACAUAAUAGCAACAGCAGCAGCAGCUCCGCCAGCAAACACGGUAAGAAUGAGGCAGCUGCAUCUGCGAGCAGUAGCAGCAGCGCAGAUGCUGCCGCUGCGAGCAGCAAAAGGGAUGAGAAUGGUGCUAAGGUGUAUGAUGAAAAACGGCGGCAUAUAAAAAGCAUUAUUGACAGGAUACCCACGCAAAAGGAGGAGCUAUUUAAUUAUAAGCUCGAUCGCAACGAGAUCGACAGCGGUCUAAUGGAACGCAAGAUACGUCCAUGGAUCAAUAAGAAAAUCAUCGAGUAUAUCGGUGAGCCCGAGCCGACCCUGGUGGACUUUAUAUGUUCCAAAGUGUUGGCCGGCAGCCCGCCCCAGAGCAUCCUCGACGAUGUCCAAAUGGUACUGGAUGAGGAGGCGGAGGUCUUUGUGGUGAAAAUGUGGCGACUGCUCAUCUACGAAGUGGAUGCCAAGAAGAGCGGCAUUGGGGGUAAAUAGAUGAUAGAGGAGUAAGGAGGAGAGGCAGUUACCCGCUAACCACUGGGGAACUUGGGCGGGGUACGGGGUAAGGAUCGAAGGGCAGCAUCCUAAGGAGGCGGAACCAAUACGAUUUACAACAGAUUUUGUACAUACAGGGCGUGUUUCUGGUCUUGCUUUCUCGCUCUUCCAAGCCAACAAAAGAGUGUAAGCAGCCAGGAGGAAAGAAUAGCCGCCACCCUUUACGAUGUGCCCACGAUCCCACCUUGCUGUAGCAUUAAUGGCUAAAAUUAAUCAUCGAUAUUUGUAAAUACACCCACUAAACUCGCGUUUAAAAACAAAAGAGACACGAAACAAUCAUGAACAGCAAGCAGAAGCAACAAAUAAACAAAGAAAACAAACAGAAACCGUACAUAGAGACACCAACCGAAGUACGUAUUGGUUUCCCUUACUUUUCUUUGUUUCUUACCAACUCUACGCACUUGGCAUCAUUACUUUUAAAUUUUUUUUCAAAUUCCAACAAGAACCAUGUUUUACUUGAGAGCCAAUAGAAAUAAAAAUAAA